GCGUGGGGCGCGAUGUCUGGUUUUGGGCGGGAAUUGAAACCGCCAGCGCCGCUCGUCUUGCCCCUGAACGCUACAGCUCUAGGGUGAGGAAGGGCACCAUGGUGCGUCCUAGCAGAAAUAAAAAACCAGUCAAUUACUCACAGUUUGAGGACUCUGGUGCUGACUCUGAUGAUGAUUUUAUUGAGGCAACCAUGCCUAGAAACAAAAAAUCCAAAACUUUGCCAAAGGAGUUAAAGCAAGACAAACCAAAACCUAACUUGAAGACUCCCCAGAAAGAAGACAUCCUACCAGGGAAAGCCCCUAAAAAAAGGAUGGCUUUAGAUGACAAGGUCUUCCAGCGAGGCCUAGAAGUUGCCCUGGCUUUAUCUGUGAAGGAACUUCCAACAGUCAGCAACCAAGUGCAGAACUCUCAAGAAAAACGCACUGACAAGCAAGGUGAUAGGAAAACAGAAAUGACAGAUAAGUCUCCUCCUGUCUCUAACUGCAGUGUAACCAGUGAUAAUUCAGAAGAUUUGGACAAGAUGAUGGAGGAGGGGGACGCUGGCAGUGUUAAAGGGGGAAGAAAAACAUCAAAAUCUGAGGCUCAGCGGAGUAGGGUGCCUUCAGAAAGCAGCAGUGCUGGUGACACUGAGCUGGACAGCGCCACUGGUGAAGAUUCAGAAAAUGAUUCUAAUUUUGAGGAGAGUGAAGGAAGUGAUGAGGACUUUGCAGUGAGGAAAGGUAAAGCCAGAGAAAAGAAGAAGAAAGCAGUGCAGAGAAAACCCGUGGUAGAGAAAGAAAAGCAAUCAAAACAAAAAAAGGAGACCUCAGUAGGUGUGGCUCCAGCUGCCAUCAAGUCACGAUCUCCAUCCUUACUCGAGGCAGUUGGACUUUCUUCAGAGGCCGUUAGGAAACCAGCAAAGAUGUGCAGCCCUUCAGCUGAAGGCAAGAGGCCCAAGUGGGUCCCCCCAGCCGCCUCUGGAAGCAGAAACUCCAACAGUAGCCCACUGGCAGGAGCACCCACCAAGUCCCCAAGUCAGAGCCUCCGCUUGGGCCUCUCCAGACUAGCACCAGUUAAGUGUUUGCACCCAAAUGCCACAAGUAGCCAAGUGCGGUAGCAGGAAAGAACCCAUGGGACCCUUGGUCCUGCAAGCCAGUUGUUGUGUUCAACUUGUAUGUGGAGGAGCCCUUUAUUGAGUCCAACAAAGGAUCUCUGCCUGUUUUGUGAUUUUCUUUUUUUCUUUUAAAGUAUUUUUAAGAAAAAAAAGGCAGGGCCUUGGAAGUUUUGUUUUUUUUCCUCCCCUGUUGCAAAUUCCUGUUGUGGUGGUUUUGGUGGGUUGAUGAAGAGUGCAUGUCGUCUGUGGGUGGCACUGCCCGCUGUGGGCGGGCGGGGCCUGCUCCUAUACUCGAAGGUGACCACAUUUAAAUUCUGAGACGGGAAGUGGAAGGUGAACAGAUCACAGCGGCCUUAGUUUAGCUUUUCCUUUGCUGUCUAGUCAUCCUCGUCAGUCUUCUGCUUCUUGGUUGGUGUCAACAUCAUCA